GUUAACCCUAAAAUAUCAUCGCCAUUGGUUGUUUCCGUAUCGAAAGUGAAAAUGCGUUCCGCGAUUUUGUUCGGACUUAUUGUUUGCCUGGCUUUUAGCCUUGUCUUGUCCCUGGAGGAGUCCAUCAAUCAAUCCAACGAUCUGUCGUCGGUGGAAAAGGAUAUUGGCCAGGCUGUGGAGUCCGAGGUGCGUGCUAAGCGGCAGCUCGGCUUUGGUGGUCCCUUUGGCGGAUUUGGAGGACCUUUCGGUGGAUACGGCGGCUACGGAGGACUUGGAGGCUUUGGUUAUGGACGACCCUUCUAUGGUGGCUACGGCCGUCCCUUCUAUGGAGGUUACGGAAGACCCUUCUAUGGCGGCGGCUUCGGAGGUCCUUUCUUUGGUUAAAUCUACUACUACUAAUUUUGUUAUACCAGUAAACUAAGACUGAAAAUGAAAGUUGUGUGCGUUUCGGGAUCUGCAGAGUCCCAAAUUAUCUGGCAACUUGACCUCGAGCAAAUGAAUGUGUGUGACCCAAAACGACGACGUGUUCGAAGCGGGGGACUGGGGAAUAUUUUAAAAAUAAAUAACAGAAAAUCUCCAUUUA